GUGAAAGUACACGGUAAAAUGUCUGCUGCUUGUAGCAGGUAGGUGGUCACGUCUGCUCCUGGCCUGGACCAUGUCUGCCAACCUCCUGGAGCAUCCCCUGACCACGAAGAGUGACCAGCCGGCAGAGGAGGAGGAGGUCAGCUUCUUACUGGUGGACGACAACGAGAACCUGCAGGUGAAAGAUGUUCCAGACCUCAUUACCAAACUCGGGUGUAGUCCACAAGAGCCAGUUAAAGUUCUCAGUAUUUUUGGCAACACCGGAGAUGGGAAGUCCCACACACUCAACCAUAUGUUUUUUGGAGGUGUCGAGGUCUUCAGAACCUCCCCUUCUCAGGAUUCUUGUACCAUAGGGGUGUGGGCUGCCUACUACCCACCCUUGUCUCUGGUCCUGCUGGACACUGAAGGUCUUCUUGGGGCAACUGACAAGCAGAACCAGAGGCUACGUCUUCUCCUGAAGGUCCUUGCUGUGUCAGACCUGGUGAUAUAUAGAACACGGGCAGAGAGGUUACACAAUGAUAUGUUCCAGUUUCUUGGGAAUGCUUCCAAGGCUUACUUGAAGUUCUUUACCCCGGAACUGAAAGCCUUAUCAAGUCGCUGUGGUCUGGAAGUCACCUUGUCCAGUCUUGGACCAGCACUUCUUAUUUUCCAAGAGACUUUACGGACAAAUCUGCUUGGUCAUGGAAGUAAAGUCCACGGACAAGCAGAGAUCGAUCUUCUAAAGAGAUUCCAUGAUCUCGGGACCCCUCCAGAGGCCUUUAGUUCAAUACAGUACGUGGGAACAAAGACUGUAGUCCCUCCUACAGAUUUCUCCCAAUUAAAAGAGACCGUGAAGAAGCAGGUGUUGGAUACAUCCACUCGUUCCUCCAGGCCACUGGCCCACGUGUUCACAGCUUUACAGAGCCUAAGCGAGCGCUUCUCAGGGGAUAUCCCAGACGAGCAGGUUCAUAUCACCUCCUUCUUCCCCGACGAAUACUUCACCUGUUCCCUGCGUUGUCUGAGCUGCCGGUCUCGAUGCAAGAACAGGAUGAACCAUCUGAAGGAUGGCGUUCCCCACCAAGCAGAUGGUUUGUGCCAAUAUGCCCAUGAAUAUAACAACAAAGCUUUGAUAUGCAGGCGAUGUUAUGAGAGUGGACGAGAGAUGCUGGUCAUCCCAAGGACAGUGGCAUCCACAGACAGCCCCUGGUUCGGUUUGGCAAAAUACGCCUGGUCUGGGUAUGUUCUUGAAUGUCGAGUGUGUGGGAUCAUUUACCGCAGUCGACAGUAUUGGUACGGAAAUCAAGAACCAGAUGGAUCAGUUGUUCGUCAGGAGAUUCGACACGUCUGGUCUGAGAAUGACUCCUGCUCUUUGGACCAACACAAUGCAGCCCAGCGAGUAUUGGACGGGGUGACUCUCGUCAUUCAGUCUGUGAAUGAGUACAGUUCUGGGCCCACCCGCGCAGUCACUUCCUGGGUAACUGACCGUGUGGCUCCUUCUUAUUGGCGACCCAAUGCAGAGAUUACAGAGUGUCACGGGUGCAAGAACAUCUUCCAGGAGGCUGAGCGGAAACAUCAUUGCCGAGCUUGUGGAGAGGGCUUCUGCCAUAACUGCUCCAAUCAGAAAAUGCCUGUUCCUGAGAGGGGCUGGGGACCGUCACCUGUACGCGUCUGUAAGAAGUGUCACAGUAAAGGGCCUGGAAAAGGUCUCCAGACAGUGAAAGAUGAUGGGAGUAAUCUCUUACCUCGCAAAGUGACUGAGAUGGCUCAGAGCUCGCUGAACAUGGUGUCAUCUGUCAUAGACUUUCCUCUGCAUUUUGUGAAGGAAGCGGCACGCCCCAGUUACUGGGUAUCGGACCAAGAGAUCACCCAAUGCCAUGGGUGCAAAAAGACAUUCACACCUACGAUGUCACGACAUCACUGCCGGGCUUGUGGUCAGGGUUUCUGCCGAGUGUGCUCUGAUUUUCAGCGGCCUGUCCCUUCUCGUGGGUGGUAUCAUCCUGUCCGGGUGUGCCAGAGUUGUAACAUUAAGAAGGCGGAACUGUAAAGCCAAUUACCGUAUGUCUCGAUCCAUUGUGGUGGCUGAUGGGUGCACCAGGUGGAAGAGCUCACUAGAGACCUAUAUAGACUAUACCUAUAGUGGAUAUCUGGAGUAAUCACCUGCUAUGGCACAAUAACGUAAUACCACUAUGCAAAGUGGGUCUGGAACAUAAACUUGAUUAAUUCAUCUCUUUCAGGAAUAUUCAUGUGAUCUUCAGACUGGAAUCAGGUUCACUAGAUCAUUGAAUAGUGGAACUUAGUGUAAACCAUUUAAAGGGCAUCUGUCAGCAGUUUUGUCCCUAUGACACUGGCUGACCUGUUACAUGUGCACUUGGCAGCUGAAGGCAUCCGUGUUGGUCCCAUGUUCAUAUG